GCCGCGCGCGGCGGGGCCGGGGGCGGCUCGCGGAAGCAGCCCUGUCAGGGCAGCGGCGGAGAUUUCGCGGCUGCCGCGAGGCUCGGGCGAAUCAGCCGUGGGCCCCAUCUUCCGGCGGCCGGCGGAGUUUGUGGUGAUUGUUACCGCCGCCAGCCCCGGCUGCCAUCUCCUCCUCUUCCUCCUGGGCCGGGCCGGUCCCCUCCCCGCGGCCGCCUCCUCCUGGGCUGGGCCCGCGGCGUCUCGUCCCCUCGCAGAGCCGCCGCCGCCGCUGCCGCCGCCGCCUCCUCCUCAUUCAUCCUCGUGCACCAUAGGCGGCACAGGCACCAAGAUGUCCAACCGAGUGGUCUGCCGGGAAGCCAGCCACGCCGGGAGCUGGUACACCGCCUCAGGACCUCAGCUAAAUGCCCAGUUAGAAGGUUGGCUUUCACAAGUUCAGUCUACAAAAAGACCUGCUAGAGCCAUUAUUGCACCCCAUGCAGGAUACACGUACUGCGGCUCCUGUGCUGCCCAUGCUUACAAACAAGUGGAUCCAUCCGUUACCCGGAGAAUUUUCAUCCUUGGGCCCUCCCACCAUGUGCCCCUGUCUCGAUGUGCACUCUCCAGUGUGGAUAUAUAUAGGACUCCUCUGUAUGACCUUCGUAUUGACCAAAAGAUUUACGGAGAACUAUGGAAGACAGGAAUGUUUGAACGCAUGUCUCUGCAGACAGAUGAAGAUGAACACAGUAUUGAAAUGCAUUUGCCUUAUACAGCUAAAGCCAUGGAAAGCCAUAAAGAUGAGUUUACCAUUAUUCCUGUACUGGUUGGAGCUCUGAGUGAGUCAAAAGAACAGGAAUUCGGAAAACUCUUCAGUAAAUAUCUAGCGGAUCCUAGUAAUCUCUUUGUGGUGUCUUCUGAUUUCUGCCACUGGGGUCAAAGGUUCCGUUACAGUUACUAUGAUGAAUCCCAGGGGGAGAUUUAUAGAUCCAUUGAACAUCUAGAUAAAAUGGGUAUGAGUAUUAUAGAACAAUUAGAUCCUGUAUCUUUUAGCAAUUAUUUGAAGAAAUAUCAUAAUACUAUAUGUGGAAGACAUCCCAUCGGGGUGUUAUUAAAUGCUAUCACAGAGCUCCAGAAGAAUGGAAUGAAUAUGAGCUUUUCCUUUUUGAAUUAUGCCCAGUCAAGUCAGUGUAGAAGCUGGCAAGACAGUUCAGUGAGUUAUGCAGCUGGAGCACUCACGGUCCACUGAAGCUCCGACCCUCAGGGACACCACCUGCACAGACUCAUACUCUGUCCAGGGUCCAGCCUAGCCUUUACCAAGAUGUUGGUUUUGGUGUGGGGGGAUUCUGAAACCUCAGACUAAUAGAACUCUCUUCUCUUCUUUUCUAGUAGGUGUAGUCCUCCUUAAUUUCAACUCAUUUAAAAAAUGCUUUAUAGUUUGGGGCAGUGGAAGGAAGGCUGAGAUCAAAAUAUUUUGAUUUAAAAAAAAAGAUGACAGUGUAAAGGCCCAAUUGGCACAGUUUUUGAAAAUGACUUGUAAAGCAUUUAGCAUAUCUGAAAUUUGCACUCUUUGCAGACUCAUGCACAUAUAUUCCGCUUUCAGAAUAGUUUUGCAGAUUGUACACAGACAAAAGGGUGGAAGCUUUUUAAUAAAAGAAAUUGCAUUUAUAAAUGAUCUGUAUUAGAAUAUAAGAAAUCUCCAGUUAUAGACAAUGACUACCCAUGUUGUACAACAGAUACCUUCUAUUUUAGUUGCUAAUAAAGGGCUACACAACUCAAAAUAGUCUGAUUUAAACUUAUUGCUUUGUGUUAUAAAUGGAAAUUUGAUUUUUAUUAAUUCCAUCUCAGAAUUUUUGUUGAAAUGGCAAACCUCAGCUCCUAUGUAAGAGUAUUAGAAUAUAUUUUACUUUUAUAUUCAUGUGAUUUUUUUAAAUCACAGAAAUUGUAGUCAUACAAUUUUAAAGUUAACUUUCAAAAUUAUAGUCAUUUGCUUUUUUGUGUGUGAAAUACCCUUUUUUGUAGUAGAAUAUAAAUUCAAGAAUGCUUUAAAAACAAAUAGAUGGAGUCCUUCAAAUACUGUGUUUGAGAGUCUGCAAAUGAGGAAACAUUGAAGAGUGUUAUUAGUGUGUCUCAAGUCAUUGCAGACUGCACACCACUAUGGUUUUUCACCUCUUUAAGCAAUUUGACUCUUUUACUUGAAUUUUUAGCAAGAAAUCAUUGACAAUAACAGUAACAAGGCCUACUGGACUUGUGAUAGUCCUGCAAAUUUGUGUUUUUUGGGGGGACAUGAUUUUUGGUGCGGCUCUUCCAACUAAAAUAAUGGUAUGGUGUUGUAUUCUUUAUCAUAGAUUUAUUCUAGUCAUUUUGGCAAAAAAACCCACAAAACUAUAGUUCAUUAAGCCAUCCUGCAUGUUCUCCAUUAUACCUAUUUUAACAGAACAAUGGGUGUCUAUAUCACAUUGGAGAGUGUUUAUAUCUUCAGUGUUAAUGCCCAAGUAGCACAAGUUUUAGAUGCCUUGCACCAAUUUCCUUUGGAGAUUUGCAUUUCUUAUUUAUUAAAUAUCAAUUUUAUAUACUCAAGAAUGAGAGAUUCAAUAUUACCUACUUACACGUUGGGAUUAUACUCUUAUACAUCAACGAUUUAUUUUCCAUUAUUUAGAUAAUCUUUUGAGUAUGAUAAAUAUUUAUUCUUUGUUUAAUACAUAUUAUAAAAAUUUCUGAAUUGACAAUAGUGAAUUUUUAAAAUAAUGUUUUCUGAGUAUAAAAUUUGAAAAUACUGAAAAGUCAAAAGAAAAAAAAUUAUCUACAAUUUCACUACCCAGAGAUACACUGUUAAAUGUUUUUCUGUAUUUACUUUUAGUCCUUGUGUUGUUAUGAGUGUGUAUGUGUUUGUGUGUGUGCAAUAACAGAAUUGAGAUUAUAGUGCUCAUACAGUGGCAUUAUGCCCUGUUAGCCUAAGAACCUACUACCUGUGUCUUUGAAAACUCAGUUUAAAAAAUGGCUGCCUAAUGUGUUACACUGUUUGAAAAUAACCAGUUCUAUCUUUGAACGUUAGACUGUUUCUAAUCUUCCACAGUUUUAUAAUGGGAUGGACCUUCUAUGUAAAAUAUGAACUCAAUAUUAGACCUAUUCUCUAGGAUUUAAUCAUGAUAAUGAAAUAAGUGGUUUACAUAGUAAGAAUUUCUUAGGCCCUUUAAAAUAUGCCAAAUUAUGUUUCUAAUUGCACCAAAUUAUCAGUGCCCCCUCAUCUGCAUAAUUUCUUCUAAUUUUUGACAAAUUGUUAAGCAAGUAAUUGGUUAUGUCUUUUUUUUAAGAGUUGCUUUCUAAUUAGUCAUUUCGUGUUUUUCUAUAAAUGUAGAAUGGGUUUUGAAAAACAACAUGAGAGACGUCUAGUCUUAGGAGUGCAUCAUACUGCACAUGUUUGUAUGUUCAUUUGUUUGCUUUGAGACGUGGUUUGCCUGUGUAGACCACACUGACCUGGGACUUUGUGUAGCCCAAGAUGGCCUCAAACUCAUGUACCAGCCUUGCUCCUCAGCCUCUCUCGUGCUGGGAUUGCAGGCAUGCAGUGCUGCGCCAGCUUGUUCUGCUCUUUUAAAACUAGACUGUUCCUGCAUCAGCUUGUCAUUUCUUAGAAGGAACAGGUUUUGUGUUUUUUUUUAAUUACCUGUUUUUGGAAUAGAAACAGUUCUAAACUGAUUCUGUGUUCAAGUCUAGCUCUGUCCCUGCCCCUAAUCAGUGUUCUGAAGUGGUGUCCAUGUCCUGCUGGCGCUUCUUGUCUGUUCAUUGUGUAGAUGACCUCUUAAGCACCAUCUUAUUUCAGAGUGCUGGGUUUUGCAAUUUUAGUUUUUAAUAGAUUUUGGCAUGACAUGUUAGAUAGGUAUAUGAUUGAUUUAGAUAUUUGGAUUUUUAUUUCAGUUCUGAAUAUUUUAUUUCAGGUUAUGAAAGUGAAAACCUUGUUAUUUCAGAGAAAGUGGGAAUUAAUUUAUUAAAUGGAGGUAACAUCUAAAUCAUUGGACUUAUUAGCCUUCCUAUUUUAAGUGCCUUUAAAAGUUUUGUAUUUCAAAUAUAAUGUGAGAUAUAUAGUUCUGUAAUGCAGUUCCUUUGUUAAAAAAUGUAUGAAUUAUUUUCAGCAACCUUUUAUUUACCUUAAAUCACACAGAAAAACGUAUUUGUGGAGUCCCCUCUCUCCCACUAGUCAGUCCUUAAGAAAUGUUACUCUAGAGAUAAGCUAAUUGAUCAGGUAAGUAAGUAUUCUGCCCUGGAAAUAACAAGCCCGUAUAAAGAAUAAAGAACCAGCUAGAGUCCAAUGCUAGUAUUUGUAUAGUCCAGUAUGGAUGUUAUUUCCUGAGCUCUAAUUAAUGGUUAUGGACAUGUAGUUCAUCCCCCCCAGACUAGGGGUUGGCAGAUGUUUUCUUUGAGAGACCCGAUAAUCCUUCUGGACUUCAUAUGCCACACUGGCCUCUGAUCUGCCAUUGUGAUACAAAAGCAGCCAUAAACAACAUGUAACCAAGCAAAUGUGUGUAUGUUUAAUAAAAAUUUAAUUUAUACUAAGAUGGAAUGCUGGAAUUGGCCUGCAGACCAUAAUUUAAUAUUUCUUAUCCUAAAUGCUAUAAUUUGUUUGUAGUUUAAAGUCGGCUAAUAAUCUAGCAAUAGUCUGCAGCAGGUGGUUAUAUGUUUCUGCCAUGUGAGCCUUCUUUUAAUUUGAUGCAUUUUCAGUGGCUGGAUUUCUUACCGAAUGUUCACAAAGGUAAGUAGGAAGUAGGGAAAAUUAGGAACUCUUAGAGAUUGAUGUCAAAGCACCUUGAAGUCUUGUAUUUGCUGAAAUACAUUGAGUUUAUUUUGCUGCUAUAAACUAACCAGGAGUAAAAGUGAUGUGUUGUUUGCCUUGCUGUGUAGCCAAGGCUGUCCCCAACCUCCCUAGUGUUGGGAUUAUAGGUCUGCAUCCCUAGGCCUGUCACAAGGAAACUGUUUCACAUGAGUAUUUUAGGAUUCAGACAGAUACUUUGAAAAUGAUUGUUGACUUUUGCCAUGUAAAGACUUGAGAAAGUACCCUGUUCUAUCACUCUUACUUUAUUGAAACAGUGUCCUCUAAUAAACUCAGAGUAAGGGAGAGAAAUUUAAUCUAAAUAACUUUAGUUGUACUACUAUUUCAUCAUUAAGGAUCACAGAACACCUUGUCAGGUGGUACUGUCAGCCCUGUAGACCUAAGGCAUUUUUGAUAUAUUGUUAAAAGUUGUCAAAAUAGCUGGUCAUUAGAAAUUGUACUGAGGAGACUUAAUAAGCCCCAAACAUUGUUUAGAUUGGAAAUUGUACAUCAUUGGAUUAAGUCUGGAGAUCUACAAAGUAAGAGAAACAGGCUUGUGUAGGACACCGUGUAGUUGAAGGAAUAGGUGGUAUUUAUUUUUGAAGAGAGUAAGUUUAAGAAGAAGAGGUCUUCAAAUAUUUGUGUGACUGUGGCUCAGGGGAGUAGAAUUGUUCUGUAUUGUUCUAAAUUAAGCUUUUUCUGCCUUUAAUCCCAUUACACAGGGUGCAGAGACAAUUGGAUCUCCGUAAGUUAGAAACCAGUUUGUUGUAUGUGACAAGUUCUAGACUAGCCAGGACAAUGUAGUGAGACCCCAUCUCAAAAAAAAAAAGAGGAAUAAGAAGCAUAAAUUUGUGCUCCACAGUAAAUGUGAUAUAUGAGCAUUUCUAAUGAUGAAAAUUGGCUCUGUUCACUUCAAAUCAUAGGAAAUAUUAAAAAACUAGAUCAGUGAUUGUCAAAGUAGCAGUGAUAUCAACUAAAACUGCUUUAUGAAUAAUUGUGUGUAUGUGUGUCUGUAUUUAUUUAGGGGGACAAAAACCAAUGGAAUUAGUAUAAUUUAAUAGAAGGUCAUUUAUAUGAAGUGUUAUUUUCAGAUCAAAAUAGGUUUUAAACAAUAUUAACUUUUAACAGAUUAUAGAUUGUUAAAAUAAUGCUUCGAACCUUAGGCUAAUUCUUUAGUGUAACGAUAUCAACAGAAAGCAAAUGCUACUAGUCCCUAAUACAAAUGGAAGUUAGUUUUGUUUUUAAAUGGCUGCUUUCUCAAACUGAAGAACAGCUAUAUAUCAGUGUCAGGAUGGUGUACUGAACUGAGAGAGGUUGUCAGAGUAUUAGGGGAACUAACACCAGCAGACAGAUAAAUUUUCCUGUCAUUUUUCUAUUAUGCCCAUCAUAUACCUGCAAAUAGGACCACAUUGCAUGACAUAUUAUCCCCAGAGACCAUCCUGUUUUAUAAAUGGCCCCUCCAAUAAUGCUGGUACCUGAGACCUUAGCCUCCUUAGAAUUGCUGUGGCUGAAUUGUGUUUGCCUAGCUUUAUCUUCCUGAGUUCUUAGUACUAUGUUAAGAGCUUGAAUGUUUCCAAUACCAUUUAUUCUAGGGCUCACUGGUGAUUUCAGACUGGUUUGUAUCUAGGGUCUGUUGUGUUUCUACUUUCUUUUUCCUUUCUGUGUGUGUGUUGGGGGUGCUGUUUUAAAUUUCAAUACAAGGUUAUGUCUAUUACCCUAUAAAGUAAUGGGAAAAAAGUUUAAAACAAGUUCUUCUAAUUUUGAAAGCCAUAAUAUAAUGCAGUUAAGCUUUUUGUUAAUAAGUUACAUUCAAGUGUACAUUUCUUAAUGCAAAGUCAAAUUUGUGUUUGAUAUGAUCUUGUAUAUUAUCCCUGUUAUCUCAAAUAACGAAACCAAAGAAAACAUAAAUGCCAUUAUUAAAAAGCAGUCGAAGGCCAACUAUAUUCAACCGUAUAAGCAGGGCAUGAGUUCUGAUCAUUGAAUCUGCCAACAUAAAAUUCUGGAAAAUAUUCAAAAUUAACUGACUGAUACUCUGAAUUCCUCACUCAGUAUGAUGUUAUAUAUUUAAGUCAAAAGAACUAAAACACAAUGAAAACAAAGUAGAAUAUAUUGACUAAAUUUUGUGUUUUAAAAUUAAAUACUUCAAAACUGUAAAAUCAGUUUUAAUAAAGGUAUUUUAAACUUAACUUUUAUAAAUGGAAUUCUUUUUGAGAAUCUUUUAUUUGAAAUGUAUUCAUUUGAAUAUAGGACAAAGUAGAUAUUCACUUGGUGUUUUCAGUUUUAUUGAAUUGAAUUUUGAAGACUGGAGAAGAAAAGAAUACAAUAAAGCGCUUUUUACAAUAUGGGGUACAAACCUUUUAAUUAGAAGCUUUUUCCAUUUUUCAGUUUUAACUGUGGAAAUCAAGUUUCUAACUAAAUCAAAGGAGGGUAGGAUUUAUUUUGUUAAAUCUUGUAAUGCCAAGUAGAGUGAGUGAAGUGUCCUGGUGUGUUCAGAACCGUUGGGUAGUGAUGACUUGCUCGAUUUUGCUUUUUUAAAUCUUUAUCUCAUGAUAUUGGGAAAACUAUAAAACUUUAAAAGUUAGUUAAAAUGGCUUUGGCUGCUUGCUCAGGGCCCCCAGCUGUGUCUGUGGUAGAAGGACACUGGAGUGCUAGGGCACUCGACUGGAAUCCACGUCAGCUUUGCAGUGGAGCAAAUCAUUAGACAACACGCACCUCUUCCCAGGACAAGAAUUUUGUUCUGGUUCUUUAGUUCUGUAUAUUUUGAAUAUUAUAUUAUAUUCCUUUUUUUUUUUUUUUUUUUUUUUUUUGGUUUUGGUUUUAGCACUGUCUGUUGUAAGCUAUUGAUUUAGAAAGUAUGGGGUUUUGCAGAUUUCAUGAAAAUCAUAUAUAGAAAUGCCCCUUAAUUUAUAAAAGUAGAUUUUUUUUGUGAGCUCAAAUACCUUAACUACAGACAUUUAUAUUCUCUUAUUGGGAUUAUUUUACAAUUUUGGAAUUCUGCUCUAGUACUUAUGUGCAACAUGCUGCUUUUAUGUAAUGGGACAAUGACAGAUCCUCUGUAUGAGUCUUAGUGAUAGCGAGACAACAACAGACACCUAACUCUUCCAUUGUCCUUUUUAACGUGUUCUCCAAGCACCUGCUACCCUGUGGAGUUUCCCAGCUGCCUACACAGCACAGUAGAGUGCUGAGAAAACAAUACCCGAGGAGCAGCUCUUAGUCAGAGGUCGAAUGGGAAUUGAUGGGUGAUUCCAGUCUUUCCAUCUUUUUGAAUGGUCUGGGGGCUUGUUUCUGUUGUCUCCUAGAGUUCCCAAAAGAGGACUGGUCCUCAUUGUUCACAACAAGAAACUCUAGAAUGCAAAACCAAAUACAAAUCUAAUUAUUUUUUCUUCUCUGACACUUCCAUUCCUUUAUGGACAUUUACUGGGAUUACCUCCCAAAUAAGCCUUUUAGUUUUGAAUUCAUAUUUCUGAGUCUUAUUUUUGGGACUUGAAGUGUUCAUAUUAUAUAUGGGAUAUGUUAAAAAGAACAUUAUUUUGAACAAAAAUCUAAAAUAUCUUAGUUGGUUUGUCUUAUCACAUCCAAAUUCAAUUUAAUUUCUUUAAUCUUAUAAUGAGAAAGAUUCAAAUUUAGAACUCAAAAGAUUUUUCUGCUUGUGUUUUUAAAAAAAUAUUGUGUGAAAAAAAAGAUAUUGUGUGGUUAUAUAAAUGUGGACAAAGUGGAUUAUUUGGUAGAAAUUGGAGUAGAACAAGGAGAUUGGUAUGGUCACAAUCAAACAGUGUGUGACGGUUGGAUCUGGUAUUCACAUCUCUUGUUGCUCUUUGUACAUAACCAGGGCCAGGCCGAGCCUUGUAUCAUGUUGACGAGAUGGUGACAGUUUUUAUAAAGAUAAUUCUGUGAUCUUAGAAUGAGAUUUUCUUUCUUUUUUUUUUUUUUUUUUUGGUUUUUCAAGACAGGGUUUCUCUUUGGUUUUUGGAGCCUGUCCUGGAACUAGCUCUUGUAGACCAGGCUGGUCUCGAACUCACAGAGAUCCACCUGCCUCUGCCUCCCAAGUGCUGGGAUUAAAGGCGUGCGCCACCACCGCCCAGCUUAGAAUGAGAUUUUCUAUAGACUUACUAAGGAAAAGUAUGUAUUUUAGAAACUUAGUGAGCUCUGUGUUUAAUUUAAAGGCCACUUAAGGUUCUGGAGAGAUUACUUAAAGGACAAGGUCAUUGGCUGCUGUCAUAGAAGACCCGGCUCAGUUUCUGGUAUCCAUAGGCGUCUCACAAAUGUCUAGCUCUAAGGAAUCCAGUGCCCUCGUUUGGCCUCCGUGGGCACCAGACAUGCAUGUGGUACACAUAUAGACGUGAAGGCACACAUUUAUACACGUAAAAUACAAAGAAAUCUUUAAAAGAAUAUUUUAGGUACAAGAGUCAGUUCUAAGUUUUUUUAUGUAUUAUUCUGUCGAUAGCCAGUUACUGCCUUUGCCUGUUUCCUGCAUCAUUUAUAAUUCUUUGAUAGCAUAUUUUUUAUAUUUAUUUAUUUAUUCAUUAUGUAUACAUUAUUCUGUCUGUGUGUAUGUCUGCAGGCCAGAAGAAGGCACCAGACCUCAUUACAGGUGGUUGUGAGCCACCAUGUGGUUGCUGGGAAUUGAACUCAGGACCUCUGGAAGAGCAGGCAGUGCUCUUAACCGCUGAGCCAUCUCUCCAGCUCCUGAUAACAUCUUUGAAAAGUUAGAAUGCUGAUUUUUUUAUAGGGAUUGAAAAAAUAUGUAGAAAGUUUGUAUUUAUGUUAGAUAUACACCUACAUCUUUUUACUAUAAAAUUUGAUAUGUGUCCUAAAUAUAUGCUAUAUUGAUGUUAUUUUAUGGUUAGACUAUAGAUGAAAUUUAGUAAAUAUUUAGUUCCAUUUAUAGAUUAUCCUAAGAUGAGUAUGAACACAAAUUUGACCUUAAGAGAACAUUGAAAAAUAUAUUUUAAUUGAUUUUUUUCUGGUAUGUUAGACCUGUUGUUUGUCUGUCUGUUAGUCUUUCAUCGGAAAGACCAGAAAAUAUUGACUAGAUGCUGUUAAUUUGCCUUUUGACUCUUUGAGACUCUGUCCUAUACUUUUGAAUAUAUGACAGAAGACAGAAUGUUUAUUGACUUUGAGGUUAUAGUUGGCAGAAAUGAUCACAGAUGAGCUAGAUAAUACAAUUUGGGAGAAAGCAAAUGAGUUUUUCUUUCUUUUUUUUUCUUUUUUCUUUUCUCCUUGCAGACCUGGUUUCUCUUUGUAGCCCUGGCUGUUCUGAAACUCACUCUGUAGACCAGGCUGGCCUCAAACUCAGAGGUCGUCUACCUCUUCCUUCCGAAUGCUGGGAUUAAAGGAGUGUACCACCACCACCACCCGGCAACAAAUGGGUUUUAAAGGAAGAAAUCUGCUUUUCUCCUGGGACAUGUCACACUGCUAAAAAAGAAAAAAAGAAAAAAAAAAAAAGCUCCACUCUCACAAUCAUUGCCUUUGUAUAUAUACUUGUGUUCAUAGAAAAAAAAUAAACUCAUUGCUUUUCAGACUUUUCAUCCAAACAUUAUUACUGGACUUACUACAAAAUUUAUAGGUAAGGAUUUUGGCAUUUGAAGUGUCCCAUUAUGGGAAGUCAAAGAUCUGAUAACAACCAAAUGUAAGAUUUAAAACAUAGCUACAGAGUCAGUCAAUUUUCUGAACACUAGAUUCUUUCUAAAGGAAAUAUAAUGUAAAGACACAUUCAUUAAAAUAGGGAAUGGGUUUUUUAAAUGAUGUUAGCAAUGCUAAAUGUUAAAUGUGACCAUUUUGAAGAACAGUUCAAAUAUUCUUCCAGGAGUGUGUGUGUGUCUCUUUUCCCUCAGACAGUUGAGGCUCCUCUUAUGCUAUGUGUGCAUUUGUUUAAAAUCCAUGAGUGGAGUAAGAGACAAUAGGAUUUUUUUUUUUUAAAUCUUCUUGUGGACUUAACUUCAUUCUUUAAGGUUGAAAAAAAAAUCCAUUAUGUUUUAUGCCACAUUUUCUUUUAUCCAUUCUUUUCUUUUUGGACACCUAGGUUGAUUCCACAAUUUAGCAUUUGUAAUUAGUGCUGCAGUAAACAUUGAUGUGAAAAUGUCUUUGUGAUAUGUGGAUUUAGAGUCCUUUGGGUAAAUGCCCGGAAGAGGCAUAACUGGAUCCUCAGUCGGUCUGUUUUUAUUUUUUUUAAAAAGCUUGCUGAUUUCCAUAGUGGCUAGACUACUUUACACUACCCCAGGAACCACAUUGAGGGUUCCUUAUUAUACCCAUCCUCCUUGCCAACUUUUAUUGUUGAUUUGUUUCUCUUCUAUGUUUCUUGUUGUUUUGUUUGUGCCUUUUUAGACAGCUUCCUGCUGUCUAAUCCUAACUGGCCUGGAAGUUGCUUUGUAGACCAGGCUCACCUUAAACUUCAGCAGUCCCUCCAGCCUCUCUCUCAUUUAAUUGUAGGCAAAAGAUCCCACUCCAGACUUGUUGCUCAUGACUGCCAUUCUGAAUCUCAGUGUAGUUUUUAUUUUCAUUUCUCUGACGGCUUGUGAGCUUAAAGACUUUUUCUUAUGUUUAUUGCCCAUUUAUGUGAGAUUCUUUUUCUUUUUUUUUUUAAAAAUGUUUUUGACUUCAGUAGUGACCAUGUUCUCUCCUUUCUUUUUCUCUUUCUCUCUUUGUCUCUCUAGGGCUGGCCUCAGACUCAGAGAUCUGUCUGCCUCCUAAUUGCUGGGAUGUGCCACCACGCCCAGCUCAGUAGCCCAUAUCUUAUGUGUCUGUGUUUGUGCAUGGGUGCAAAUGUGUGUGUGCUGUCCAGUGAGCCACAGGGAUGUGUGUCUUUGCCUCCCUUUGUCCUGGACUUUUUAGUUUUAAACUGUCACUUCUGGGGAUCAAGCUCAAGUCCUGUUUGCAAAACAAGUGCUUUACUAAUUGAGAUAUCUCCCUCACCCUCAUUACUGUUUAUUGGUUGGGUUGAAGUUUUUGUUGAGUUUUUGAGUUCUUUGCAUAUUCUGUUAGUCCUCAGUCAUAUGUAUAGCCAGCCAAGAUUUUCUCCUGUUGUGUAUUUAAGGCUGUGUCUUCACUCAGUUAGCUGUUUCUUUGCUAUAUAGAAACUUUUUGAUGUCAUGAGACCCCAUUUGCUGCUUCUCAUUAUUUCUAGAGCAACUGUCCUGCUCAGGACACACUUAGACUAUGCUCCCAUUUCCCAGUGUUUCCCUGUCAGCCUCAGAGUUUCCAGACUUAUGAUGGGGUCCUGGAGAGAGAACAGUCUCAUUUCAUUUUGUGUUUAGAUACCCAUUGUUGAAGAUGCUUUCUUUGUAAAAGAUUAGGUGGCUGCGACUUCUAUUCUACGCCAUUGGUCACAUAUGUCUUUGUGCAGCUACCUUGUUGUUCUGUUCCUGUGGCUUUGCAGUAUACCUGGAGAUGUGGUAACACUUUCAGGGUGAUUAUUUCAGGAUUACUCUCUGGGAUCUUUUGUAUUUCGGUGCGUGCAUGUGUGUGUGUGUUUCUAUUUCUGUGACUGACACAGUAAUUUUGAAGGAAAUUGCAGUAAGUCUACAAACUGUUUCUGAUAGUACAGUUAUUUUCACAACAUUAAUUCCUCUAUCCUGUGGACACUGUUGGCCUUCCCAUCUUCUAGUACAUCCUUUGAUUUCUUCCGUCAGUGUUUUAAGAUUUUCAUUGUGGAUUCUUUUGCUUUCUUAGGUUUAUUCCAAAGUAGUUUUUGUUUUGUUUCGAGGCAGUGGCUUUGCAAUUUCUUACCAUGUUUAUUAUUUGUAUAUAAGAUGGCUACUGAUUAGGAAAAGUGAAUUUUAACUAAGUGUUCAUAUUACUGAAGGUUGAAAUGUGAACCACUCAUUAGUACUAAAAUAAUAGAGGCUAAAAUUUAAGUAAGGUAUUUUAUAUGGAAUUUGUAUCUGCAUCUAAAGGAUGGCAUUGUUUGACUUUAAUGGAUACUUUAAGUGUAAUGAGGUACCCAAUUUACAUGUAGGUUUCUUUCACAGCUUUUUUUUUGUUUUUGUUUUUGUUGUUUUUGUUUUUGGCUGUAUGUUACUCUGUAAACCCAAACUGGCCUUAAAUUUGUGGUCCCCCUACCCCAGCCAGGCUGUGAUGGUGCACACCUUUAAUCCCAGCACUCGGGAGGCAGAAGCAGGUGGAUCUCUGUGAGUUCGAGGCCAACCCUGUCUACAAGAGCUAGUUCCAGGACAGGCUCCAAAGCUACAAAGAGAAACCCUGUCUCAAAAAACCACAAAAAAAAAAAAAGAAAAAAAAAGAAAAAAGUUGUGGUCCCCUGCCUUAGCUUCCUGUUGCUAGAGUAACUGCCUAAUGCCCAGCUAUAUAUUUUUUUAAUUUUCAAAAUUUAUGCUAUUUAAAAAUUUAUGUUUAAUAUUUUCAGAUAUAGAAAUACAGAUAAAUUGCAAUAUAUUACUAGUUUCUUACUUGAAAGGCACUUUGCUUGGUUCAGUAAAUAAUAGUAGCUUAUAUGGUAAAAUUACAUUUUUUUAAACUUUUUAACUGAAGAGCCAACUAUAUAUAACAUAAAGUGGUUUGAACAAAUACAUCUUAACAAAUUUUAGAGUAUUUUCUGUCUUCAUACCUAAAAGUGUGAUCUGCCCCUCCCCACACUUUCUACUUUGUUCCCUCACAUUCCUUCUUUCUUCCUGCCCUGUCCCCAUUUGUUAAUGGCUCUUUUGACACUGCCAUGUCUUCAAGUUCAGACAGUUAAGCUUUGAAAAUGAAGGGAUUUAUUUAUUUUGAACAGUGAGUUUUAGUCUUUCUGCCUAAGAUGAACAGUACUAUGAUGUGUUUUUUACUUUCCCCAUGAUGUUGACUAUUCCCAAAGGAAAAAGGUGAACCUCUGCCAAGUUGUGUACUCAUUGCCAGUUCAGCCUGGGAUCACUCUAGGAUACAAACAGUGGAGGGUUUUUUGUUUGUUUGUUUUUGUUUUUUUAAAAGGAUCAAUUAAAUUAUGUAUCCCUUGGAAAAGAGCAGCUUAGUGAUUUAUAUUUAAUAUAGUAAAUAUCAAGAUAUAUAUCUGGGCACCCCUCUUAAGUUAAUUGACACAGGUAAUCAACAGUAGUAGUAUUGCUGGUUAAAAUCCUUUGAGGAAUGCUAUAUUAUCUCUUAACAUUAAAAAAAACACAUUUUCUUUAGCAUAAAGAACACUAUAUAAAGAUAAAAACUGAGCUCUUUUCUAUUCUCCUUCCCUUUCUUGUAUUUUCCCCUUGGAAACAGCAGAAGUCUGUUUCUGUGCUCUUGAAGAAGCUGCUUGAGGAACCCGAGUCUUCACUUGUAAAGCUAGCUCCAAGUCUAGUUUCUGAGAGUAGGUAAUAUACUCAUUGUUUGGUGUCCUUAGUGACUCACUCGGGUGGACACAGUAGCUCGGAGAUCAGAUGCCCCACACAUGGCUUUCCUGUGUGAGAGAUCUUGUCCCCCCGUGGUAAAAUGCUUUGUGCUUCCUGUUCCACCCAGAUAAAUACUUCCUUCACCCCCCUUUCCCUCUCACUUUGGUUUCUCUUUCUCCUUUUUCUUUCUUUGAAGUACAGCAGAGAGAAAAACUCAAGUAUGCAAUUGAAUUUCAUGCUCUUAAUUAGCACUCAUGACUUCAACUCUUUCUCCUGACAGAGCAGCCCCAUCACCCACCAUUCCAGUAUAAGUUUACCCAUUUAUCAAUGCCAUUUUAAAUCGAUCUAUUUGAUAGACUAUUGGAUUUAACAGAUAAUGUAGAGAGAAGAAAUAAUGUGGGUUUUUUUUUUUGUUGUUUUGGUUUCUCUGUAUAGCACUGGCUCUCACUCUAUAGUUCAGGCUGGCCUUGAACUCAGAGAUUCCCCUGUCUCUGCCUCCCAAGGAAAUAAUAUUUUUUUACGUACUUGGUUUCAUUUCUUACAGUAAAUCGUGUUUUAAUGUUUUGUCAAAAAAUUUUAAAGAAUAUUUUUUGUA